AAAGCAAAAGUACUCCAUGAGUGGAGUUAAAAAAGUGGAAGUAUGCAUGUGAUUAUGUUCUCUCCUGUAGCAAAUUGAUUGAGGCAAAUAAUUGUGUUCUCCUUGCCCUUUAAAAUGGAGAGGCUACGGUGUAUUUGUGUGUGUGGUUUACACACCAAGGUAGAGAGAGAAGAUGAAGAGGGUUCUACACAAGAAUAUCACCGGAAAAAUCCAAGUGGUCUUGGUGAGUGUGGGUGAGUGUAGAGAGUAACUGGUUUUAGUUACUCGGAAAAAUACAUCCGGGCAUAGGAUGUAGAAAGAUCUGUUUAUGAGUGUCUGAAAUUUAGUCUUGUAAACAGGGGAGAGUUUUUUGUAUAUUGUCCUGAAAUAGUGGAAAUAUAAUUUGUUUUCUCUCAUAUAUUUUUCUUGUGUUUGUUCUCUCAUUUUUCUGGUGUUCUCAAUAUUUUUCGGUAUCUUACGGGGUUAAAAUCCCAACAAUUGGUAUCGGAGCUUGGUUACGCUGGGCAGGAGGGAUUUGUAAGCGGUAAAAGGAGAAAUUUUGAGAACCCGGGGACUGGUCGGUUUUGGCCAGAAGGCGACCAUGGGACUUCAAGAACAAAGUGGAUGGCAUGAGGACCGGGUACGAAGCGACAUGCUAGCUUUGUGAAGUAUGGUGCGGAAACAGGACUUGAGGAGAUCAGUGGUCUAGCGGAGUGGAAAACUGCAGUUUAUGUCUUGUGUCGAAAGUCUUCCCGGCAAGAAGAGGUCGGGCGGCGUGUUCCGCAGGUGUUACUGCGGCGGUGCAAGAUGGGCAGAUCGAAAGAAGCUAAUUGCUAGAGGUGUGGUCUCAGAGAGUGUUAACAAAGGUGAGUUGUAAUUUUUUUUUAGCUCGGGGUGGAGGGUUAAAACUCUAGCUAGGGAGCUAAGGUAGUGGCAGGGAUCUUGACGGGAUUCGUUGAGAUGAAGUCACAGGUACAAUGAAAACUGGAAGCGGCAAGGACCUUGUGGUAUUGAACAAGGUGGAGCUACAAAAGCAAUAAAGGGUGACAGAGAUCUUGCGGUUUUGAGCAAGAUGGGGUCCCAAGAAAAUUUUUUCAACGUGGUAGUGAUCUUGGUGGUUGGACCAAGGUGGAGCCACGAGGAUUUUUUUUUUUUUUUUUGAGGUUGGCAGCGGUGAUCUCGGUGGAGUAGAUUGAGAUGGCGCCAAGGAUAUUUCUUAUUUCGGAGUAGCAGUGAUCUCACCGGAGAAGUGAGGUGGAGCUACAAAGUUUUUUUUGAUUAUUUAAUCAAGGUGGAGUUUGUUGGGAAAUUUGGUUAAUUAAUCAGAAGAAAAAAAAGAAAGAAAAGAAAAAUCAAAAAGAAAAAAAAAGGAUCCUGACAAAGGGAAAGCAAAAGUACUCCAUGAGUGGAGUUAAAAAAGUGGAAGUAUGCAUGUGAUUAUGUUCUCUCCUGUAGCAAAUUGAUUGAGGCAAAUAAUUGUGUUCUCUUUGCCCUUUAAAAUGGAGAGGCUACGGUGUAUUUGUGUGUGUAGUUUACACACCAAGGUAGAGAGAGAAGAUGAAGAGGGUUCUACACAAGAAUAUCACCGGAAAAAUCCAAGUGGUCUUGGUGAGUGUGGGUGAGUGUAGGGAAUAACUGGUUUUAGUUACUCGGAAAAAUACAUCCGGGCAUAGGAUGUAGAAAGAUAUGUUUAUGAGUGUCUGAAAUUUAGUCUUGUAAACAGGGGAGAGUUUUUUGUAUAUUGUCCUGAAAUAGUGGAAAUAUAAUUUUUUUUUUCUCUCAUAUAUUUUUCUUGUGUUUGUUCUCUCAUUUUUCUGAUAUCUUCCCUUAAUUGGUAAGAGGCUAAGAGCUGCAUUGAUAAUCAAUUUUUUGUGUGACUUCAGUUUUUAGCUUAGUUGGAGAAGAUGAAUGUGGUGGGAAAAGUUGGCAGUAUAAUAACUACAGGUGUGUACUCCAUCGCCACCCAUUUUCAUCCGUUUGGUAUGGUCGUCGACAUUAUUGCUGUAAAAAUAGUCCGUUUGGAUGGGAGGUUCACGAGCCCUCCUCGAUAUGUGUCCGGUUUGGAUGGUAGUUUCAGGAGAUCCCCUUACUGAUAGAGGGCAUAUUUACAAAGUUCAAGAUAACAUGGAGAGUGGCUCACCUUCUCCAAACAGGAAACACAUUGUUUUUGGAAGCUCUUUGGCAAUUGGCACUGCACGGACUCAGUUUUGUAGGUUCAGAAUGAGUCCCAACUUUAGACUUUGAAGGAGGUGUCACCUAGCACUAUUCUAGAAACCAAUAAACUUGAAAAAUUACCCUUUUGGAUUACCUGUGAUCGAUCUUCCCGUCAGUCCUCAAUCAUCAGAUUUGCAAGUUGAAGUAAAACCCAUGGAGGAAAAUACAUUACACCAUUAUGGUUCCCAGAAGCCGUAUGUUUGAGGACUCACAUGAACACAUUUUGAUGAGGGAACAUUAGAAGAAGUAAAAGUAGAAAAUGGGCUAGAUCAGAUGAAUGUACUUAACAUGAAAACAUGGAAUAACUUCGAAUGAAGUGGAUAUGAGCAAUGAUUCAAGCACAAGUAUAACUAGAGCCUUGAUUAU